ACCAGUGUUAGAGGAUCGCCCUCUCAAGACGGUACUUGCGGAGGCUCGCUAGGCUACACGUGCGUAGGGUCUUUAUUCGGCGACUGUUGUAGCCAGUAUGGAUUCUGCGGCUCUACAAGCGCCUACUGUCAGGAGGGCUGCCAGGCCAGUCACGGUGUGUGCGAU